UCUCUGAUGCAAUUAAAUCGCAGUUUGCGGUGUCUAACCUUGGCCUAGACGACUCGCACACAAGCCCUGAGGUUAGACGCUCUUGGUGCAUAGGUCGAGCAUCCCAACAGAUGCAAACUCACUUGUUUUAAAGCCUGUGACUCCUUCUACACAUUUGAUAUGAAGGUGAUGCUGAUUCUCUUUCUCCUUUUUCAAUGCUUGCUCUUCCUUCUGCAACUCUUAACUUUGACUACUACUUACUGGACUACUUGGGAUUUAAAAUUCAAUUGGACUCAAACAGUGGGACGAUUUACAACGAAGCCCUCGUCUGAUGGUCAAUUAGUAUCAAAAGGUCACGCUGGUCUUUGGUCACGUUGCGUUACCGUUUAUGGAAAAGGAAAGCAUAUUAAUGGCACGCGACUGACUGUUGAUAGAUGUUUGUCGAAUUUCGAUGAUUUCACUGCAGCUCGUGGAUACAGCUAUGGAAAAAUGUGUAAAACAGCCACAGCAGGACUAUGUGUUGCUAUGGCCACAAUUACAGCAGUUCUUCUGAUUAUAUCCGUAACAACCUUUAAAAAACGAGACUGUUUGCCAGUUCUAUCUUUUUUUCAUAUUUUACUUAUGAAUAUUCAAGAUGGAAAAAUGUGUAAAACAGCCACAGCAGGACUAUGUGUUGCUAUGGCCACAAUUACAGCAGUUCUUCUGAUUAUAUCCGUAACAACCUUUAAAAAACGAGACUGUUUGCCAGUUCUAUCUUUUUUUCAUAUUUUACUUAUGAAUAUUCAAGGUUUUAUAUCGGCAACUAUUCCAGUGCUUUAUAUUUCCGGCAAUAUGGCGGAAUUGAUUCACCAAUUGACAGCAGCUUAUGGUUUAUUAUUAGUUGUAGACAUUCAAGUUCUGUAUUAUCACGGAUGGUCAUAUUGGUUACAAGUUGGUAUAUUAUUUUUUUGGAUGAUAACAACAAGCGUUUACAUUUUUACAAUAAAAGGUCGCGGUGAUUGUAAUUGGAAGUCUACUAACAGCAAAAAAAUAAGACAAAAUACUGAGCAAACAGAUUCAAUGGAGACUGAAGCUCUUCGAGAUCCUUAAUUGCCCAAUAAUAUUGUUAAUAGU